AUGGUAACUUCUCAGAUACUCAACUACAAUUCACAUUCUAGCUACCACAUUGAAGCUUAUGAUGAGAGCAUCAAGAAUGUACCUUCAAUUUGUCCAACCACCGUCGAAGCCUAUAUUAAGAGUUUUGGCAAUGGCAAACCCGUCUCCGCCCUCUGCGAGGGGACCAGUUGCAUCCAUUUGGGUGAAGACAUAAAGGCUUGUCAGCUAAUUGGCACUAAGGUCCUCGUCUCUCUUGGAGAACCUUUUAAUACGUAUUCUCUGAAAUCUGUUGACGAUGCCAAAGUGGUUGCGAAGCAAUUAUGGGAUUCCUAUGUGGAUGAAGUUAACUUUGACGGCAUAGAUUUUCGCAUAGAGAAUGGCUCCGCACUAUAUUAUGAAUAUCUUGCACAGCCCUUGAAGGAUUAUGCCACAAAAAAUAACAAAGAAAUCAUUUUAUCAGCAUUCCCUGGGUGUGUUUAUCCUGAUGAAUAUCUUGCAAGAGCCAUUAAUGCAUGGAAUUUGACGGUUCACGACAAGACAAAGCUGUUUCUGGGGAUACCGGUGACCAAAGAUAUUCCCGGGUUCAUCCUAUUUGACAGGCUGAUCGAUACAGUUAUUCCCCAUAUAUCUGAUGAAACUCAAGAUUAA